CAUUGCACCGCUUAUAGUUGAGCAUAAACGUAAACAAAAUGACAAUUUUGUAUAAAGUAGAAAGUCGACGUGAAUUUGGCAAUGCCAAAGAAAGUAGCGUCUUCCCACACAAGGUGGUGCUGUGCGCCGUCUCCGCACGUAACAUAAUUGCGUUUAGCGCCCUACAGAGCCUCUCCAGUCACGUCUAUGUAUGUGACAUCGUGACGCCCUGGCAGUACUACAAAGUCUGCACUUCAAAGUCCCUAAUCAAUGUGCUGGAGUGGAAUGCAAACGGAGAGCAGCUUUUGCUGGGCUACAUAGGCGGUCGUGUGGAGAUCUGGCAGCCCAAGGAGCAGGCCCUGAACGUCUGGCAGCUACAGUUUCACGCCAACAUACCCAGCGAAGACAUUAUUCGGGCGAAGUUCUUUCACAAUGGCAAAGGCGUUAUCUUUAAUACUCAGAAAAAGGAUCACACCUAUUAUGCGGAGAAAUUUGAGCGCCUUGAACAACGACCCACACUAACUGGCUUUGGCGGCGUUGCCACCGAAGGCUGCAUACUGCUCACAUCCUCCGGCCUGCUGGCUACCUUUUCGCUGCCCCAGCUCCAAAAGCUGACCAUCAGCAACAACAACAGCGGCCAGGUGAGCGAACCACUGCCGCUUAGCAAUGCCAGCAGCGAACAAAUCGAGCUUUUGCCCAUAACUCACAGUAUUGGUAACUCGCGCAGCUACAUUGAACACUGCAGCAUUGUGGCCAGCCCCAGCGGAGCCCUAAAUUUUGCGUACAACACAGGCUGGCAGCAGCAGCAACAGCAACAGUUGAUCUACUGCUAUAAGGUCUCGCUGCAGUUCGAGGGCGAACGCAUUGCCAUCAAAUCCGAAUCGCUGGCCAGCAUUUUUUUGAAUACUUUGCCCUCGCCCACGUUGGAAAGCAAGCGAAUUGCGCAGCUGCUGUGGACGCGGGCGGGCAAUGAGGAUGUCAUCUAUGUGGUCUUCAAUAUGGGCGACAGCGCCAGCCUGCUGGAGCAAUGGACAUUGACGAGACGGCAUCAGAAUGUGCACGCCUUGCUACAGCAGUCAUCAACUGUGGCUGCCGCCAGCAGUAAGCCCGCGGACUAUGUGCCCAGCGAGAGCUGGGAACAGGUGGCUAAGCUGCAGUUGAACGCCAGAAUCUCGCAGCUGUGCAGCAGUCGGCUAAUCGCUGCGGAUUGCGAGCAACUAUAUGCCAUAUUGCAGGAUAAUAGCGUGCAGGUCCUUGAGCCGGGCACAUUAAAGCAGCUGAAUCACACGCAAUUCGAACACGAUGCUGAAACGAAAUUCGUUUGUGGCGAUUUGACGCCCACUAGCCAAAUGCUCAUCAUCUUCGACAGCCACGCCCAGCUGCAUGCCAUGCAAACGCCCAUGCUGAAGCAAAAUACAAACACCAUGCAGCUGCUCCUGCUGCUGCUCGAGUAUUGCAUUGUGACGGGCGUGGACGCAAGCGAUGUGCUGCUCCUCAAUCUAGGCAAUCUGGAGGCGCUUGUGGACAAGCUGACGGACAACUUUACGCGUCAGCCAUCCUAUGUGCGUCAGUUCUACUAUGCGAAUUUCUUGGCCCUGAAGAGCAAUCUGUGCCGGGCACAGCAGCAGGAAUUCGAUAAUCUCAUCAUUUUGCACGCCAUCUCGAGCACGUUUAAGAGUCUCCUGCGUCCGUCGGAUUUAGGUUGUCAGGACAAGGGGCCGGCGGACAAUUUGGCCAUGAAAUUGGCCGAAUCUGUGCCGGACGUCGACACGGUGUUGCUUAAUCUAGAUCCCAAAGAUUUUACCGUCGAGCCCAUGAUGCUGCAAAGCCUGCAGCAGCUCAUCCAAUGGGUCACGGAUCUGGCUCUCAACAUGCUUAAUCGCCUGCCCGAGGAGGUGAUGAAGAGUAAGCUCUCGGGCAAGCGGGCUAGCUACGAUAUCAGUCGCGACAUUGUCGCCAUUGGCAGUUUGCGCGAGCUGCUCGUCAUGAUCCGUAUUUGGGGGCUACUAAAUCCGCAGUGUCUGCCUGUUUAUACCAAAACGAUGGACAACAUCGAUGUGCUGGCCAUAUUGUUUAGGCUGCUCACGCGACUGGCUCAGAAUCCAGCGGAGCCGGAUGAACUACUGCUGGACGAAUGCAGUCUGCUGUCCAAGCAGCUGCUCAUACCACAGCCAUCCAAAUAUAAUCCCACAACGUUGCUUAGUGCCCAGGGUUAUGCGGCUGUGAAAUCUGGACAAUUAACGUUCACCUCACUGGUGGAGCCAGUCGGACUGCAGGACAUCGAAAUGGAGCAGGUCGUCUUCGCCAAUUUCAUCAAGGAUGGUGUCAGCAAUUUGCAGUUGGGUGCCAAUCCCAGCACCAUACGAAGAUGCGCCCGCUGUGGAUUUGUCAACAGCGCCAACAAAGUGGCCAAGACGUCUGCGUUAAAAGCGUGGUGCAACAAAUGGUUGCAUUGCCACUGCGGUGGUUUUUGGAAGCAAAUCAAUUAACAUUAUAAUCAUAAUAUUCGAAUAUAAUUAUUAUUAGCUGUUAAAAGUAAUUGAAAAUAAAAAAAAAA